UGGUCUACAUACCACAAAAGUCACCAUUUGGAUAGACUUUCCAUUCUUUUUAGUGCAUUAUUGUCAAUACACAUACGUUUGGAGGCUGGUGAAUAUUUCUUAUAAGUUCAAAUAAUAUUGCACAAGUUUAUUCUUUCUGUCUUAUGGCGCUGCACACAAAUGUUUUUAACAUUACUGACAACCCAAACUAAGGAAACAAUCCGUACGCCCCCACUGACACUGCCGUGGAGACAGACAGCAGCAGUCUGAUGGGGUGGGAUGGUGACUGGGAGGCGCCUGGCCUCUCAUUAACCCCCUGUUUCCUCCACACCUCUCCGUUUACACCUACAUGCCGGUCAAGUCCAGACAGAAGAGCAGGAGCGCUAGACUGAAGACAAAACGAUGCCUGUUUUUCUGCUCUCUUUCAUUGCGCUCUUUGGAGUUUCUCACGCUUCUGACAGCGCGCCUCCGGAACCGUCGCUCUGGUUCAAACCCACUUUCCGCUCCGUGUGCAAACCCAUACCGAGCACUAUGUCUCUGUGCCACGGGAUCGGUUACAGGAGCAUGUGGAUCCCAAACAUGCUCGGCCAUGAUUCACUGAGGGAGGUCCAGCAGCAGUCUGCAGCCUGGCUGCCACUCAUCUCCAAGCACUGCCACCGGGACACCAAGAAGUUUCUAUGCUCGCUCUUCGCUCCGGUGUGUCUCCCGGAGGUCAGCGGGCCGGUCAGCCCCUGCAGGAACCUGUGCGAGGCCGUACGGGAUGGCUGCGUGCCGGUGAUGAGCGCCUUCGGCUUCCCCUGGCCUUAUAUGUUUAACUGCACCCGGUUCCCACACGGAACCGAGCUCUGCAUCCCCGUAUCCGAGGAGCAGGAUGGGCGGGAAACAGAGGAGGCGAAGCACGAGGAGGUGCCCAAAGGGAGUGUUAUUUGUGAAGCCUGCAGUCUGGCUGCAGAAGGAGAGAUUGACAUCCAGGAAAACUUCUGCCACAGUCCAUAUGCAUUUAAGAUGCGUCUGGGCAGCAUGAUGACAGUGGGGGGUGACCUUCAGCUGGUGCCUACGGCCCGCAGUCGCAUCCUGAGGUGGGCGGGGGGAGGGGCUGAGAAAGCAGAAGGAGUCGGAGGCGCCAUGGCCCACAGCGCUUUGUGGCUCCAAGAAGGAGGCACGUGUACCUGUCCUGGUUUGGACUCUGCAGAGAGUGACGAGAAUGAGGAGAAAAGUCAAGAGGUGGUGCAGAUGGAUAAGAAAGUCACAAAAAGAGGAAAAAAGGUGGGGAAAGGUGGAUGGUAUCUUUCCCUUGCUCAGGCUGAAGAGGGAAGACUGGUGCUGACUCGACUGGUGAGGUGGAGCAGAGGGGACAAAGAGCUGAAGAAGUUCAUCCGAGCUCUCCUCAAGCAGCCGUGUGCAGAGCUUUAAACGGCGAGUCAUCCACAUCUACAUUCCUGCAGAUGAUGCUUUCAUUGUGCUGCGUGAAUACCAGCGCUUCACAGUAAUGUACACAAAGUCCAGCAAAGGACCCAGCUGCUAACUGGUGAACAGCUGAUAGUUCAGACAGUUUCAGAUAGCUACGAUCAAAAAUCAGUAAAAUCUUCAAUUAAACCAAGGCGUCAUCUUGAUUUGUUACAAAAUGUAUCCUUGCAUUGUUAUUGUCACUGAGUUGCCUCCAUUAAAACGGAGAAUUAUUUUUACCAAAAUGAGAAGCCGGGACUUUGCAAACAAUGAUCAUCACCUCAUCAACAAAAUUAAGAGAGCUGGUGUUUGUGUACACUACUGAACCAUCCAAAAUCAUACUGGCAGGAACAUUGCAUUAUAUUUUUUAUAUAUAUAUUUUUUUUUGUACAUAAAUGAGUUACAUUUUGUCUCCUUUAUCAAAUUAUUCACUGAAUUAAGAGAUCUUUUUGUAAUGAUUGCUGUGGUGGAGACCGAUCUCCCCUCUCUGUGGUGACAUGUCCAUGCACACACAAGCAAUAUAUUUAUCUGUUUACUUCAAUUUAUUUUUUUAAUCUUGUAUUUUACUUGAUACAUCAAUAAGCUUUUUCUUGAUCCUUCCAUCAUGACUUAGUAAAGAAAGAAAUUGGACUCCGCACAGAGACGCACACCUGUUGACGUUAACUUGAGAUAUCAAAUGUCCGUUUCACGCUGCCCUUCUGUUUCUCCUGCUGCUCAUUUUAUUUGUAUUUUGUUUUUCUAAAUAUACUGGUUUCUUCAUGUCACAUGAAAAAUGGCAAAACCUGAUGUUAAACAGCUGUAGUUUUUUUUUCCGUUAAAUGGGAAUAUGGAUAUAUAUCCUGUCAUGCACGUGAUACAUAAAGUAUUCAUAGCCUUG